UAGGGAAUAAUUUGAUACAAAUUUACGAAAGUACACAAAAACAUUCUCGUGUUGGACUACAUUUGGUCGGCGUAAGAGGAUAAUUUUCUGGAACGAUUAUUAAACGAUAAUCUACAGUGAAGUUUUUCAAAUUUAUGAGAAAAAAUUUGUAAUCACGAAGAAAGAAUAGAAGUUAAGGAAUAGAUGGCGUGUGAAAUAAUUUUUGAUAAGAUAGUGGAAGCGAAUCCAUUCUUCAGUUUGGAGCCAGUUUGAAGGGCCGUAUGAUAUUGAAACAUGAUAAGUCAAACGUCAGAGGAAUUCAUCACGACUGCACCAACAUGUGCGGCGAAAACAUCGAAUCAAAGCUUGAAACCACGUAAGUUGAAUGGUAAAACGUUUGAUUUUCUUUGGUGGCGUGAUUCACGACGUGAGAACGUAUCAAAAAAAGAGGAGAACCAGAAGAAAAAGGAGGAUUUAAUAGAAGUUAAAGUCAAAACAAAUGAAAAUGAUAGCAAAACGAAAAGUACUCUCUCCUCCAAAAAGUCGUUUGAAUUUUUUAAGAAUAUUAAGAAACACAUGCAGAUCAAAAAGUUGACACAUAAAUCCAAGCAAAGGUUCUUACAGACGAAGGAAGUCGAAACAUCUAGCGUACAAAAUGACACAAAUUAUGAUCCAUUAGUGAUUCAGAAGGAUGUGCCUACAAUUUCUACUGAAGAAGAUAAUAUCUCUGAAUUAAAAUGCGAAGAGACUGACAAGAAUUUUGAUGAUCAAAACAGCAAUGUGUCACAAAAUGAAUAUAUUUCAGAGAGCCUAAAUGAUACCAUAAAUAGUUGCAGUGACACUGAAGAGAAACUAGAAGCAAUUAAUGAACAAAUUAUUAAUAAGUUGGAGACAGAUAUUGAUCAUGAAAAUGUUUCUAACAUAUACCAAUCAUGCUCCAAUAAUGAAACAGAGCAGUUAGAAUCCAGAUCAAUAAUAGAAAAUUAUAUAGUAAAACAUCAAGUUGAAAGAAUUAAAGAAAAUAUAGAAGAUAAUAAAAGUAAUGAUAACAAAGCAAAAGCAAGCCUUACAGAGGAAUUGCUUAAAUUAAGUAAUUAUGGGUGGUAUUGGGGUCCAAUAUCAGGAACUGAGGCUGAUGCUAAACUUCUAUCUGAACCAGAUGGUGCAUUUCUAGUUAGGGAUUCAUCAGACGAUAGAUAUGUCCUAACACUUAGCUUUAAAUCAGCUGGCAAAUUACUCCAUGCUCGUAUGGAACAUAGUGGUGGUUUAUUUUCUUUAUGCAACCAAAGUGAAAGUGAGGGAUUUAGUUCAGUGGCUGAUUUAAUUGAUUAUUCAAUGAAUUUUAGUCAAUCAGCAGUUUUCUGCUAUUCACGGCCUAAGUAUCCUGGUCAUCCGUCUUUCCCUGUUAGAUUAACAAAGCCAGUAAGCAGGUUUACUCAAGUCCGAAGUUUACAAUACCUUUGUCGUUUUGUUAUACGUCAAAAUACUAGAUUAGACAAUAUUCAUAAGUUGCCUUUACCAAAAACAAUCAAGGGUUACAUAGAAGAAGCGCACUAUUAACGUCGGCCUGCCAAAAAAAUAUUUGUUACAUUGUAAAUGUAUUGUUAUUGACAACAAAAAGUUUGUAUUGCAUAGCAAUAAUAGCUUUUUCAGAAAAACAUAUUUCCGAGAAGUAACAAAAGAUUAGAUAUGAGCUUUUUUUUAUAAGAACUGAAAUGUUCAUUGUUAAGAUUUGCAAGAUAUCUUUACUUUUAUAAAAAUUAAUUGAUAUAAUUGUAUCACUUUCAAGAAUAUUGAUAAUGAACAAUAUGUUUUGAAAGAUUUAGGUUUGCAUGAAUCACAUCUUUACAAAGUACGUUAUAUUUUUUAACGUAAUUUGAAGUUUAUUCGAUUUAUGAAGUACUUGGCUGUGUGGUGUGUAUCUGUAUAAAAAAAAUAUAUUUUUUUAUAAUAAAAGUAAUCUCCUGCUCAAUUCAAUGAUAAGGACCGAAGUUGAUCUCUUGUUCAAUGGAGACACAACGUAAUUUUGUAUAAAAAAAAUACUAUAUUACUUUAAUCAUAACAAUAUUGCAGGGUAAUUACUAAACAUUAUUAAAUCUAUAUUUCUAUCAAUUUAUACCUUUAUAUGGAUCAAAAGUAAAUCACAUUUAUUGAAUUCAAACUCACAUGUACAGAUCUUGUUAAAAUAUGACACUAAAAUAAAUUAGCUAUGAUCGUUAA